AUGGCUUCCGGCGGGAAGCUCCCCGAUACGGUGAAGUCUCCGUUGCAUCGAUUACAAUCGGCGAUUGUCAAGGACAUGUCGUUUGGCGCCUCGCGGGAUACUGACCACUCCACAACCCCAUCGAGAUCCCGAAUAGUUGACCAUCCUAACUUCGAUUCAGAAAGCGUAUAUUCGUUCGACUCAGUGUCGACCAGCGGACGUCUACUUGACCGCCUCGACUUGGACUCCGAAGACUAUUACGAUGACGACGAUUUCUCCAGAAGAAGAGAGUCGUUUGCUUCUAUUCAGUCGACUGGAAGACUCUUAGACCGGUUGGGACUAGAUGAGAAUUCUGAUGAGCUGACUGGGGUAAUGUCGCCCUCUGAUCGCUACAAGCCCAUUUUGGCCAACUCUUCGAGCAAUUUGGAGCGUAUGAAGUCGUCCAGCAGCCUCCCCUCUCGCACACCCUCGGGAAGAAUGCCUUUAAAAUCUGCCUCACACAAGGUUGUGCAGCAGAAGGGCAAUUUCUCUGUGGACUCGCUUCAAGGAGACGUUGCGUCCUUAUCCCACAGUUCUGCAACAUCAAUUCCACUGCUGGAUAGUAGUUCGGGGUCUUCGACAACCGUGCCGCAUACUCCCAUGCGUAUCAACUCCAAAUCUAAGUCAUUUCCCAGCGAAACAUCCAUUCCUGAAACAGGUUCGGACUCUUCUGGCGAUAGAGGAACUUCAGCACUGUCGCUGCCUACCAUUUAUGGCCACAAUCUGCGGAAUGUGACUCCCAAGUUGAUUCAGGGCCAGUUUGGUCUGCCUGGAGGUCAGUAUGGUCUGCCUGGAGGUCAGUAUGGUCUGCCAAGUGGCCAGUUUGGACUGCCCAGUGACCAUAAAUCCAUUCAAAAGAGCAACAGUUAUAUCCAGCAUAUGACCCAGAACCAAAAUCAGCAUAAUUACCAGGUUCAGGGCCUGAGCAAGGGCCACAGGCCGGCAUAUCAUCAACACCAAAAUCUGGGUCUGAGCUUGAAUUCCUAUCAUCAAAACCAAAACCAAAACCAUAGUCAUCAUUUCGCUGUGCGUCAGAACCUGCCAAAUUAUCAUCAAACCCAGCAAAGUUAUCAACAGACCUUGCAACAUCACCAGCAAAACCUGCCAAAUUAUCAUCUGAGUCUGCAAAGUCAUCAACAGACCCUGCAUUACCAUCAGCAGAUUCUGCUGCCUUACACCCACCACAACUCGCCAGAUAAAAGAAACAUAUCGGGCUCUUCUAACACGUCUAAUACUUCACUUGAGAAUGGCAUACCCAUGUUUAACCCGAGCUCUCGGUUUGAUCCUUCACUUGAAGCUUCCACUAAGAAAGCCAUACAACUGCGGAUGCUUGGAAAUCAUCGCGAAGCGUCGUACCAGCUCCAAAUUAGUGCUUCCCCACCAUACAAUUAUCCAAAGGCUAUGUAUCUCUAUGCUCAGGCACUAAAGCUUGGGCAAGGGGUCAAACUUAAUGAGGCGCUGGCUGUGAAAUGGCUCUGCCGAUGCGUAUUGGUAUCAUACAUCAUAGAAACCACAGCAUUGGAUGAGCCCAGCUUGUCAAAAUACGUCUCUCGUCUCAACGAACUUCCUCCUGGUGAACUAUUGAAACUCGUCAAGCAGAAUAUAGAUUCAGACAACCUUGACCCAUUCGUCAUCUUCGACGAGUUUCUGAGUUACCCAUCCUCUACCGUCACUAGAAUAGUCACUAGCAAUCUGAAGGAUGGAAAUACGGUGGGCGGAGCAUACUAUCAACUAGGAAAGAGCUUGAUCCAAGGUUCUGGUGUACCUAAAGACGAGGUGGGUGCAAGGCUUGUAUUUGCCAAAUCGGCCUCUUUAGGGUAUGGAGAUGCAAUGGUUGCCCUAGGAGAGCUCUGGAGCUCCAAGUCUAAGCAUUUUAAAAAAGACUUGACAGUAGCUGCACUGUGGUUGCGAAUCGGAGAGAUGUUUGGUAAGAAAGACUUGGGGAACAGCUGGAUCUACAAGGAAAAGUACAUGGAGCGGCCAAGGGUGAAGAAAUGA